CGGGCCAGGAUUUCGCGAUAGUCAUUGGAGCUGAUGUAGUAUAAAGAUGGUAGGCUGAAGGGUUAUUUGAAGGGUACUGCCAUCUCGCUCUUAACUUACGACGCAACGGAAUUGGAGAAGUAGAUACAAUGGCAGCGUCAGAGCCAUCAUACCUCAUCGUUGGAGCCGGUGUUUUCGGUGUUUCUACUGCCUACCACCUGAUCAAAAAGUAUCCUAACCGCCAGAUCACUAUUCUCGACCAGGAUCCGUACGAUGGCGACAAUCGCGUAGCUGCAUCAUGGGACUGGAACAAGGUUGUGCGUGCUGAUUACGACGACAUCGUAUACACUGAGCUCGCCCUCGAGGCUCAGGAUGUGUUCAACGAAGACCCUCUCUGGAAACCUUACUUCCACCAGACCGGUAUCUUCUGGGUGUGCCGCUCAGACUAUGCCCAGGACGUCAUCAACAACUACAAGAAGCUUGGACGCGUCGCCGACCUCAAGGCUGUGUCUGUUGAGGAAGCUAAGAAGCUAUUCGGAGGCCUCUUCGAGGAUGCAAACUAUGACGGCGCGAAGGAAGUGCUAGUUAACAAGACAAGUGGCUGGUCGGAAGCCGGCAACGCCUUGCGAGCUGUGACCAAAUGGUCAAUAGAGAAGGGUGUCAAGUACGUCGUGGGAAAGGCUAAGAGCCUGGAGUUCGACAGACACAACACAUGUACCGGUGUCACAACAGAAGACAUGGUGCUGCGUGCAGCCAAUGUCAUCCUGUCGACCGGAGCCUAUACUGGCAAGCUCCUGGAACAGGCUGCAAAGGCAAGCGGUAACAAGAAUCUCCGAGCCGGACACAGAAUUGUUGCUGGUGGUAUCACCACUGGCAUGACUACUCUCGACGAGAAGUCAUACGAGCGUUUCAAGGACAUGCCCGUCGGUGUGCAGGGAUACAACGCCCAAAUUGGUCCUUUCAUUGGCAGCUUGCCUCCUACCAAGGACCGCGAGCUCAAGUGGUGGGGAGAGAAGAUCUUCAAAAACACACAUGAGGCCGUCCCCGGCAGCUGGAUCUCAGCGCCACCGACAGGGAAGGACUACAACCAGUGGGAUGUACCUGGGCCACUCAAACUUGACAUCGAUCACGCAAACGACGUCUUCUACGGCAAGAAUGGUGCCAACUGGAAGAUGGACAAGCAUCGCAUCUGCUGGGAUGCUUUCACGACAAGCUCCGACUUCAUAAUCUCGCCACACGCCGCGGCAAAGGGUCUGUACAUCGCCACAUGUGGCUCGUUCCACGGCUACAAGUUCUUCCCAGUCCUGGGCAAGUACGUUGUGCAGAUGUUGGAGGGCAAUUUGAGGCCAGACCACAAGGAGAAGUGGGCCUGGGAUCGGGAGAGGCCUUCUCCUUCUCUGAACCCCGACUGGCCAAGAUUCGAGAUGAGGGAUCUGUUGGAUCAGUGGCCCAAGGCGAAGCUGUAGUGGAUAGCGAAGCAAACUAAGUGAAGCGUUUGGGAAGGUACAUCUAAGCAUUAAAUGCGCGGCAUUUGAACCACAAUUUGGUCUUUGGUAGAGACACACCAGCAACAUGAUAUUGCAUGCCAAACAAGCGCAACGAAAUAACAUGGGAAGUAUGAUCAGCAGCGUAAUAAUUAAGCUCAGACUCUGUCUACUGUUGCUGACCUUUCUGCAUCCCAUGCGGCGCUAGUACUGCUAGCGAGCACCCCACAGCUCCGCACAACCCACACCUGAACAGAACUUGUAUUAGCAAAUAAAAAGUGCAAAAA